AAUCAGCAGCAGCCCGGAAGUCGCUUUUGUUCCCCGGCAAAUUUAAAUGUUCAUGUCUGCUGACGGCUUGCUCUUACGUUCUGACCCGUGUUCAUCUAAUAUCUCGCGGCUGUAGAGUUGUCAAAAGUCGUAUUUUGGUUGGGUACUGAAGGGUUUGUUGCGUGAAGAUCAUCUGCCGGGUGAAAGGCUAUUUGCUCUAUCGGCACUUCCCUCCCAACGGUCAUCAUGGCUGUGGAUGAUUAUGAUGAGCUCCUCAAGUACUAUGACUUGCAUGAAACAAUUGGAACAGGUGGAUUUGCCAAAGUGAAACUGGCAACUCAUAUUCUCACCAGGGAAAAAGUAGCCAUUAAGAUCAUGGACAAAGAUUCUCUUGGGGAUGAUUUACCUCGUGUCAAAACAGAAAUAGAUGCCAUGAAGAACUUCAGUCACCAACAUGUUUGCAGACUGUAUCAUGUGAUUGAAACGCCAAAGAAGAUAUUUAUGAUCCUUGAGUAUUGCCCAGGCGGAGAGUUAUUUGAUUACAUCAUUGCAAAAGAUCGUUUGUCUGAAGAAGAGGCGCGAGUAUUUUUUCGUCAGAUUGUCUCAGCGGUUGCUUAUAUUCACAGCCAGGGAUAUGCACACAGAGACCUCAAACCAGAAAAUCUUUUGAUCGAUGAAGACCAGAACCUAAAACUGAUAGAUUUCGGUCUUUGUGCAAAGCCAAAGGGUGGCAUGGAUUAUCACCUAAUGACUUGCUGUGGAAGCCCAGCAUAUGCAGCACCUGAACUUAUCCAGGGUAAAGCCUACAUUGGAUCAGAGGCUGAUAUUUGGAGCAUGGGAGUCCUAAUGUAUGCAUUGAUGUGUGGAUAUCUUCCAUUUGAUGAUGACAAUGUUAUGGCGUUGUAUAAGAAGAUAAUGAGGGGUAAAUAUGAGAUUCCCAAAUGGCUUUCUCCUGGUAGUGUGCUGCUUCUUAGUCAGAUGCUUCAGGUGGACCCCAAGAGAAGAAUUACGGUCCGCCACCUGUUGACCCAUCCAUGGCUCAUGCAAGGGAAUUCCUGUCCAGUGGAGUGGUUCAGUAAAACCCCGCUUGGCUAUAUUGAUGAAGACUGCGUUACAGAGCUGUCUGUUCACUACAAACGCAGUAAAACCAGUAUGUCGCGUCUGAUUUCUGAGUGGGAUUAUGACCAAACUACAGCCACCUACCUGCUGCUUUUGUCAAAGAAGAGCCAUGGCAAGCCUGUCCGCUUGAUGCGGUUACCAGCUGCUAAAGAGAUACCUGUAACUUCCUUUAAGGACCUUAGGCCAAAGCAGAGUUUAGAUUUUGAGGACAUCAGUCGAGAUGAGCCUUAUGUGUUUGGGUCCAUGGAGUUUUCAGAUGAUGAACUUUUUUAUGAGGAUUCCGAGUUUAUUAGCAUUGAGCCACUCACUCCAAAACAGUAUUCCAAACUGCGUCAUGAGACAAAUAGUGUGGACUCCCCGCUUGCAACUCCCGUUAAGCAAAGUUGUUUAACAAAGAAGGAAGACAAGGAAAACUUUGACACCAAAGUGACAAAGUGUGAUAGUCCCUUUUUGCAUCCUCCUCCAUGGACACCAGUCACAAAGAGAAAUCAGAAUGUGAAAAGGGGCAUACUCACUACCCCAAACCAUACUCCUGUAGUACCACCCAAAGUGGAGAAAAGCCCAUUCCGUCAUGCACGAGACACCCCCACAAAGAAACAAACUAUUCCAACAGAAGACAUCGCUGCUGUGAUCAGUCCCGAGAGACGCUGCCGUUCUGUGGACAUGGAUCUGAACCAAGCCCAUUUGGACAACGCACAAAAGAAAAAAGGAGCAAAGGUCUUUGGAAGCCUAGAGAGAGGCCUUGAUAAAAUGAUCACCAUGCUAACGCCAAGCAAAAGAAAGGGUUGCACAAGAGAAGGACCCAGAAAACUAAGGGCACAUUACAACGUGACCACGACAAAUCUUCUAAACCCUGAUCACCUGCUGAAUGAACUAACUAAGAUACUUCCGGAGAAAAAUGUCGAUUAUGUACAGAAGGGGUAUAUUUUGAAAUGCAAAACCCAAUCCGACUUUGGCAAAGUCACCAUGCAAUUCGAACUGGAGAUCUGUCAAUUAAGCAAACCAGAGGUAGUAGGAAUCCGAAGGCAACGUCUAAAAGGAGACGCCUGGGUGUACAAAAGACUAGUGGAAGAUAUCCUUUCCAGCUGUAAAGUGUGACACUUCUUGAUUCAUUAUGAAUAGAUUUACUACAGCCUUGUCUGUAUGUCUGGUUAACCGCCACUGAAAAACCGGUUCAAGACUUCACUGCCAACGGUGUUGAUACAUGUAAAUAUGCUAUAUAUUUUAGCUAAAUGUCGUUUGUGGUUUUUUUUUGUGUUCUUGUCUAAUUUUUCAUGUCUGUUUGUCUGUAAUAGUCGUUAUGAUUUCUAAUUGCAUAACUUCCUAAAAUAAAAUUUUCACUGUA